UCAAAGUGAUCACCAUGCUGUACCACUCCUCAUACCAAGCUCGUCCGCUCCCCGGCGUCGCAGCCUACCUCUGCAGUGAAGCGACGCCCCACCUUUCUCACUCGAACUAUGCUCCUCGCCGUCUUCGAACUUGCCGCAGGCGUGGCUCUCGCCUUCGCAUUGUCGCGUUCAUUUCGCAACACGCAGCAGGACUUGUCGUCCAUCCCCGCGAUCGGCCCUUCUCACUGGCUGACCUCCUGGUUCAGCGCGCUCAAGGCGAUCUUGUACAUGCAAGACUACAUCCAGGAAGGAUAUGAGAAGUACAAAGGUCGCGCGUUCCGCAUUCCUGAGAUGACGCGCUGGGUGGUGGUCUUGAGCGGGGAUCUCGUGCACGAGUACGUGCGUCUCCCGGAGACCACAGUAAGCUUGAACGAUGCCAUUCUGGAGCUCAUGCAAACUGACUAUACGAUGGGCAAGACAGCGGUUUCCAAUCCGUAUCACAUAGCCCUGUACCAGAGGCUCACGCGCAAGCUCGCGGAUAUCUUCCCUUUGAUGCACGAGGAGGCCAAGCGAGCGCUGGACGAUGCUUUACUCGUCGAUACACGUGACGACUGGCAAUCCAUCGACGUAAAUCAGCUCGCGAAGGAGGUCGUGUGUAGCAGCGGGAACAUGGCUUUUGUUGGACCUCAGCUAGCCCGAGAUCCCCGCUAUGUCGCGGUCUGCUGCAAGUACUCUGACACUGUAGCGAUGGCUUCGGUUUUGCCCAAUUUCUUCCCUGAUUUACUGAAGCCCCUUGUCCUGCGCUUCUUCGCCGUUGGGAGUUACGUGAACGAGAUGGCGCGUCUACUGGGCCCAAUCAUCGAAGAACGACGGCAGAAUGCAAAGGAGGAUGGUCAGAAUGAAGAUGAUCUACUGCAAUGGCUGAUGGAGAAGUCCGACGAUGACCCUUACGAGCGUACGACAGAGGCACUGAGUCGUCGUAUCCUCCUCACGAAUUUUGUCACCGUGCCCGCAACACUCACGUUCACUCAUGCUAUGUAUCACGUCGCCGCGAACGCAGAGUACGCGAAAAUACUGCGCGAGGAAGUGGCGUCAGUUGUAUCGGUGCAUGGAUGGUCGAAGGACGCCAUGGACCGGCUGUAUCUGAUGGACAGCCUGUUCAAGGAAACAACCCGCUUCGAUGGCCUGGGUGCUCUCACGCUAACAAGGAAGGCCCGGGAGACCUUCCAGCUCUCGGACGGCACCGUCAUACCACGCGACACGUACGUGACCGUGGCGAAGGCCUCUAUCCAGCACGACAAGGCCUACUUCAGGGACCCCGACACCUUCGACCCUUGGCGAUUCGCCAAGGCUGCCGAGUCUCGCGAGAGCGGCCUGCGCGAGAAGGAGGACGAGCUGGUGUAUACGAGCGCCACUGACCUCGGCUUCGGCCAUGGUAGAACGGCGUGCCCCGGACGCUUCUUCGCUGCGAUGCAGAUGAAGAUGAUGAUGGCGCACUUGGUCUACCACUACGAGAUCACCUUCGCACCGGGUGGCGCGCCUGGGAGUACAAGGCGCCCAGGGAAUAAGUGGUUUGCGGGUCACUGUAUCCCUGAUCCUGGGGCCAAGUUGUACUUCCGAAGGCUAGCUGACAAGGCACUGUAAAUCCAUGUCGAAUUGGAGGUAGGAUAUGGCUAUGGCUAGUAGCCUGGUUUGAUACUUACCGAUCUUGCCACCGUGUUCUCGACAAAUUUGUUGUAUCACACGCGUUGGGAGUCCACUACAGGAACAUGUCUGAGUACCCGUAGGGUGAAAGCAAAUGCAUAGAUAACACAACCAUUAGUCGAGUAGCGAUACGUAUAUCGUUGAACCAGAAUUUAACGUGCAAGAUAGGAUGA